AUGGCAUCACCAGCCGCACUGGAGACUCUUGAACCGGCCAGUACAUUGAAUCGCCAUGAUGAGCUGAACAUCUCGGCCUCCUCCGACAACCAAGAUGCGGCCUGCGGUCUGCGAGAAGAGCGGGAGCUGGACAGUGAGAAGCACCCGCCAGACAUCAGUCCCGCUUCACCAACAUCCUCGCGGCGACCUUCCACUUCACAAGAGCCGGAGCAGCAGCCUGCGCGAGAUCUCGAAAGAGCCAGCACAGCUGCAUCAGGACCUGUUUACUCAGUGUUCCCAAGGGAGAUGAAGUUGUUCAUCGUCUUCAUGGUGGCGUGGGGUGGCUUCUUCUCCCCGUUAUCGGCAAACAUCUUCUACCCCGCCCUCAACACUCUAAGCUCAGAGCUUCAUGUCUCCGAUGAGCUCAUCAACCUGUCUCUCACCUCGUACUCCAUCUUCCAAGGUCUCGCCCCCACCGUGUUCGGAGAUCUUGCCGACAUGGCUGGGAGAAGGCCAGCCUACAUCAUCGGCUUCAUCAUCUACAUCGGAGCUUGCAUUGGAAUCGCACUGCAGGACUCCUAUGCUGCUCUGAUGGUCCUUCGUUGUCUGCAGAGCACUGGAAGCAGUGGCAUGAUAGCUCUCGCAAACGGCGUCGUAGCGGAUGUUGCUACUGCUGCUGAGCGGGGGACAUGGAUGGGCUGGGCUACGGGACCUAUGAUGAUUGGUCCGGCCGCAGGUCCUGUAAUUGGAGGGCUCCUUGCUCAAUUCUUGGGCUGGCGUGCCAUUUUCUGGUUCCUAGUCAUCAUGGCGGGUGUGUAUCUUGUCAUCUUUACAAUCACCUUUCCAGAGACCGGACGGAACGUCGUGGGCAAUGGCUCCAUCCCACCUCAGGGUUGGAACCUGUCAGUCCUCAACUGGCUCUCCGCCCGCAAAGCCGCCAAAAUGGACCAGUCACUCUCCCGCACAAUCUCCACAGAGAGCAACCGCAUUGCGCAGCAACGCCUCGCUCGGUCCCGCAAGCUUCGCUGGCCCAACCCGCUCAACACCAUGAAGCUGAUCCGCGAGCCCGACGUCGGUCUCCUCCUUGUCUACAACUCCCUCGUCUACACGGCCUUCAUGAACGUCGCCGCCAGCGCCCCCUUCCUCUUCGCCGCCACCUACUCCUUCAACGACCUCCAAAUCGGCCUCUCCUUCAUCCCCUUCGGCUUCGGCGCGCUCCUCGCGCCCCUCGUCAACGGCCGCCUCCUCGACCGCAACUACCGGCGCACGGCGGCCCGCGUCGGCAUGGCCAUCGACCGCCGCCGCGGCGACGACCUGCGCCACUUCCCCAUCGAGCGCGCGCGCAUCGAGGUCGCCGCCCCGCUGCUCGGCGUCGGCCUCGCGGCGCUGACGGCGUACGGCUGGGUCAUGCAGGCCGAGGCCGGGGCGCCGCCGCUGGCCGCGCCGCUGGUGCUGUUUUUCCUGCUCGGCCUGACGCUGACGGGCACGUUCAACGUGUUGAAUUUGAUGCUGGUCGAUCUUUAUCCGCUGAGCCCGGCGACGGCGACGGCGGCGAACAAUUUGGUGAGGUGUCUGGUCGGGGCCGGGGGGAGCGCGGUGGUGAUUCUGAUGAUCAAGAGGAUGGGGAGGGGGUGGUGUUUUACUUUUCAUGCGCUGGUCGUGUUGGCGGCGAGUCCGAUUCUGUGGGUGUUGGUUACGAAGGGGCCGGCGUGGAGGGAGCAGAGGAGGCUGAAGGUCGAGGAGGUUAAGCGGAAGAGAGAGGAGAAGGAGCGAGCGAGGAUGGAGGAGGAGGAGGAUAGAGUGAGAAAUGAGGGGUUGAAAGAGGCGGCGCAUGAAGAUAAUGAAAAGUGA